UAGAGCGCAGCAGACCCACAAGAGGGAAAAAGAAAAAAAAUCUAGUGGGAAAAAAUCGGCGAAUCUGAGGGUUCGGGCGGAUUUGGACUGAGUUUCCGAACUGUCCCGACCCGCGGGACCCCCGGGGUUGAGAGGGAAUCGCCAACACCGAAAUAAUGGAAGAUUCCCAUUUCAACUCAUCAUACUUUUGGUCUCCCGUUCCUACAGUACAAGGACAGAUUGAAAACGCCAUGUUCCUGAACAAGAUGAAGGAGCAGUUGAGUCCGGACAAUAAGGGUUCUCCGUCGUUCCCUCACUCCUCGCACUAUCCCACCGCCGUGCUCACCAUGGACGCUGGAGGCCGGGUGGUGCCCAAACAGGAAGGCGGAGGCGUCCAAUUGAACGCCGUAGGUGGGCACCUGCACCAGCCGCACACCUCACAGAAUAUCACGGUGGUGCCCGUCCAGUCCACUGGCAUCAUGACGGCAGCGGGGCUAGUGAUAACCACUCCCCAAGGCACCCUGGUCUCUCAACCCACCUCCACACAAUCUUUUGUGUCCGGACCCCCUGCCACCACCAUGAUAGUGUCCGCACUGCACCCCACAAACACAGACAAGAAAGAGGAUUUGGUCAUCCCUCCUGUUGUCAUGCCAACGCCCGGGAAGCGGGGCAGGAAGAAGAAGUCGAUGAUGCCGAGAGCGGGCCCACCCUCCCCCCCAGGAAGUGAUGCGUUGAUUCUGGCACACCUGGCUGCUGGGGGACAGCACCACACUGCCGACCAUUAUGACUUAUCAAAUGAUGAGGAUGAGCAUGGGAACAAAGAUGGGACCAAAUCAUACAGGUGCCGGAUGUGUGCGGUGACGUUCUUCAGCAAGUCGGACAUGCAGAUCCACGCCAAGUCUCACACGGAGGCCAAGCCGCACAAGUGCCCCCACUGCUCCAAGUCGUUCGCCAACUCCAGCUACCUGUCCCAGCACAUCCGCAUCCACAGCGGGGCCAAGCCCUACACCUGCUCCUACUGCCAGAAAACAUUCAGGCAGCUCAGUCACUUACAGCAGCACACACGAAACCACACUGAGGGCAAACCGCACAAGUGUCCCCACUGCUCCAAAUCGUUCUCCAACUCCAGCUACCUUGCCCAGCACAUCCGCAUCCACAGCGGGUCCAAGCCCUACACCUGCUCCUUCUGCCAGAAAACAUUCAGGCAGCUCAGUCACUUACAGCAGCACCACAGGAUCCACACUGGGGACCGACCUUACAAGUGUAUCCAUCCUGGCUGUGAGAAAGCAUUCACUCAGCUGUCCAACUUACAGUCUCACCGCCGGCAGCACAACAAAGACAAGCCGUAUAAGUGCCACAACUGUAACCGCGGUUACACAGACGCGGCCAGUCUGGAGGUGCACCUGACCACUCACACGGUCAAACACGCCAAGCUUUACUCCUGUGGCCUGUGCAACCGCGCCUACACCUCGGAGACCUACCUGAUGAAACACAUGCGGAAACACAACCCGGACCCUCUCACGGUGGCGGCUGCCGUCGCCGCCCAGCAGGCCCAAGGCCACACCCCUGGAGGAGGGGGCAGGGGGAGGGGCCGUGGGAGAGGAGGAGGCGGGGCAAAUGCAGUGGGUGGUCCUGGAGGGGCGGGCCAGAACCCGGGGCAGAACCAGUCCCAGAACCACAACAACCCCCAGCAGGGCAGCUACCCACAGACGGAGGGGAUGCCAUGCUCCUUCGACCUGCACCAGUACAAGACGGUGUCGGCCGGUGAGAUCCAGUACAAGCCAGUCAGCGUGGCUGAUCUGUCGGCCCAUAAGGACCUCUGCUUGACCGUGUCCACCUCAGCCAUCCAGGUGGAGCACAUGAACUCAUAGAGCGGGAGGAUGGACAGAGGGGAGGAGAGGAGUUUGGACAGAGUGGAAGAUGGACAGAAUGGAGAGGGAGGGAGGGAGUUGGAGGCUGGUGUCACUUUAAAUGGGAGGAUAGGCUCAUUGUAAUGGCUGGAAUGGAAAGAACAGAACACAAUCAAUGUGUUUGAUUCCAGCUAUUUCCAGCUAUUUCAAUGAGGCCGUUCUCCGAUUUCUCCUCCCACCAGCCUCCACUGACAGGGAGAAAGGACUAAGUAAAAGCGACACUGCCUUGUGGUUGGCGAAGGAAUGGAUGGAAGAAUGAGGUUUGGCGAUGCAAGACCCAAUCAGAGAAGGAAAGGAGGGCGUGAAGAGGAAACCAGAGAUGAGGAAGUAUGGGAUAUGUAGUCCAGUAUUGAAUGAAGAGAUGAUAUAUGAAUGGUUCAAAGAAGGCACUUAAAGGAGAAGACAUCGAAAAGGGAAAGAGAUGAGGGGGGGGCUGAUAUAAAGAAGGCACUUGAUCAAUCUUGUAUUUUUUUUCCUCAUGGUUUCUCAUUUUUUCA